AGGUGCUAAGAGGCGUCGCUUCAGUUUUCCAUGACAAAAAUACAAUUCAUCAAAAUAUCUUGAAUAUGAAACGUCAUACUGUUUUGAACUUUUCAACAGAAUGGAGGUGUGAAGAUGAGAAAUACAGAUAAAGCAGAUUAAAUUAAUACAAAAAACAAGAAAGCUACCUUUUACGUUAAUCACGUCUUGAUGAAACGUGUCAGUGACGUCACAGUGUUCAGGUCUCUUUAUAUGUUUAGCCCCGCCCCUCCGUGGUCAGUUCCUUCCUCAUGGCCGCUGAGCAGGGCACCACUUCCCAUGUCUACCUGGGCUUCGACUUCAGCACCCAGCAGCUGAAGGUUCUGGCGAUCGAUGGAAACCUGGAUGUUGUUCACCAGGACAACGUCCAGUUUGACACUGAGCUGCCGGAGUUCAGGACUCAGGGAGGAGUUCACAUCCACUCAGACAGACUGACCGUCACCUCCCCUGUCCUGAUGUGGGUCAAGGCUCUGGACCUGCUACUGGAAAAGAUGAGGGGGGCGGGGUUUGACUUCUCCCGGGUCCGAGCACUGUCGGGCAGCGGGCAGCAACACGGCAGCGUUUACUGGAAGAGAGGCGCCUCUGAGACUCUGAGCCGGCUCGACCCGAACCAGGAUCUGUUCCAUCAGCUUCAGAACAGCUACUCCGUGUCCGACUCUCCUGUGUGGAUGGACUCCAGCAGCAAGCAGCAGUGUCAGGACCUGCAGGCGGCAGCAGGAGGAGCCCUGAGACUGUCUGAGAUCACCGGGUCCAGAGCCUACGAGCGUUUCACUGGAAACCAAAUCAGCAAAGUGCGACAGACCCGACCCGAGCAGUACCAGGAGACUGAGAGGAUCUCGCUGGUCAGCAGCUUUGCAGCUUCUCUGUUCCUCGGCCUCUACGCCGCCAUCGACUACAGUGAUGGUUCUGGGAUGAAUUUGUUGGACAUCAGAACCAGGAACUGGUCUGAGAUCUGUCUGGAAGCCACAGCCCCUCAUCUCGCCCGACUACUGGGAGAUCCCCUGCCCUCCACAUCUGUACUGGGUUCGGUGUCGUCCUACUUUGUGGAUCGAUACGGUUUCUCCGAGAGCUGCAGAGUGGUCGCCUUCACUGGAGACAACCCAGCGUCGCUGGCAGGAAUGAGGCUGCAGCCGGGAGACAUCGCUGUGAGCCUUGGUACCAGUGAUACGGUGUUUCUGUGGGUGCAGCAGCCUUGUCCGGCACUGGAGGGUCAUGUCUUCUGCAACCCCGUGGACUGGCAGGCUUACAUGGCUCUGCUGUGCUUUAAGAACGGAUCUCUGACAAGGGAGCGCAUCAGGAACCAGUGUGCUGGAGGAUCAUGGGAAGCGUUCUCUGCUGCUCUGACAAACACAGUGCUGGGAAACAACGGGAACAUUGGCUUUUAUUUUGACACCAUGGAAAUCACACCUCCUGCUAUCGGAAUUCAUCGAUUUGACAAAGAUGACAAUGAGGUGUCCUCGCUGAGUCCUGAGGCGGAGGUUCGGGCUCUGGUGGAGGGUCAGUUCCUGUCCAGGAGACUCCACGCUGAGCGCCUGGGGUACAGCAUCAUUCCAGGGACCAGGGUUCUGGCCACUGGAGGAGCUUCAUGUAACAAAGAGAUUCUGCAGGUUCUGUCAGACGUGUUCGGCGCUCCAGUCUACACCAUGGACCUGUCCAACUCGGCCUGCCUGGGAUCAGCCUACAGAGCCCUGCACGGCCUGGUGACAGAAUCUGGAGGUUCUUUUUUUGAUGUGGUGAAACAUGCACCAGAACCACAACUGGUGGUCAGGCCACAUCCCACAGCAGCCCAGGUGUAUGACAAAAUGCUGAAGCGCUAUGGACAACUGGAGGAGACGGUCCUGCAGUGGACGCACAGCUGAUCCACAGCCAGUGUGUCCCCAACAGCAGUGUGCUGAAUGUUGACCAGUGCUGGUUAAAUCAAAUGUAAACUCCAGUUGGAACCUGAGUCAACGGCCCAACGUCAUAAACCCGUUACUGGUUCUGAAGCUUGACUGAUUCAACCCUGAACUGACCACAGCUUAAAUGUGGUUAUGACUUGAUGUAUUUUUCACCUGGUGAAAGAAAACAAAACUAAUUAAACGUUUAUAUGUGACUGAUGAAUAAAUGUCUUUGUCUAAGUCAUGAUUGCCUGCAGGCUCCAGGCUCCUUCCAGUAAUUAAUAAAAAAUACAAGUGAAUAAUGUGA